UGACCCAUAUAAAUAGUGGGCGGCUCGGCACAAGCUUAAAGUGAGAUCCCUUCAUAUCCUGAUCUGCUAUCUGAACCUCCUGACUCCAGCACCAGCCAUGUCUCCCCAGGCAGAUUUUGACAAAGCUGCAGAAGACAUAAAGAAAUUGAAAACCAAACCAUCCGAUGAUGAAUUGAAGGAACUCUACAGUCUUUACAAGCAAUCAACUGUAGGAGAUAUAAAUAUAGACUGUCCUGGAAUGUUAGACCUAAAAGGCAAAGCCAAGUGGGAAGCAUGGAAUUCCAAAAAAGGCUUGUCUAAAGAGGAUGCCAUGAGUGCCUACGUUUCUAAAGCAAAUGAGCUUAUUGAAAAAUAUGGAGUUUAAUUUUCAACCCUUGAUCUCAAAACUGCGAGAAGGAGCAGAACAGAUUUAAAGGAUUCCUGUUCAAUUAACUGGCUCUGGGUUUAUACAAUUAACGUAGAUCUGAAUGGUUGUAGUUUUUAAGUGGUUUCCUGCACUGAUCUAUUAAAUCCUUUUACAAA